CGACUACGACCGUGGCUCUUCUCGUCGACAAUCAUUAACCAUGGCACCGCAGGAUGAUCCAAGAGACCCAGCUCUCGAAACAAAGCUUGUUCCACCGCCGACGUGGGCUCAGGAGUCCCUCGACGGAGCAGGGACCGCAGGCAUGAUGCUGGCAGCAGCAGGAGUAAUGACACGUAACAGGACUCUCGCAUGGCCUGCUUUGCUUUUUGGUAUCGGUGCAUACAUCAACGCACACCCAAUCCGCACUAAGGAAGGCUCGAAUCCACCCAUCGUGAAUCUUCUGAUGUCGUUCUUCGCGUUGGUGGCUUCCUAUCUACCCUUGUUCCUCCAGAGUCCCUCGAAGACUGCUACGCAGACACCUCUGUGAACCCAUCACAUUCUGACCAUACUCCUUAA